CUUUCGUGCCCCAGACCACAUCCUGGAACCCGCCCUCCCGCACGGGCCUCAGCUGGGACCGUGCACUCGGCGUCCAGCCCUGAAAGCCGCCGUGUGUGGCCUCCUUGUCCCCCCGGGCCCACCCCUGGGCUGCGCUGAUUGGCCGAUCCUGUGUCGUCCCCCCGCCCUGGGCAGGCAGCGUCCUCUGCCCAGCGGAAAGUUUUCCGUGCCGGGAGGAAGUUGGUUGUUUGGAGAGUCCGAGAAAGCAGCUCCAGAGGCUGCAGGGGUCUGGGCGGUCAUGGAGGAGCCCCCUUUGCGAGAGGAGGAGGAGGAGGAGGGGGACGAGGAAGAGGAGGAGGAGGAGGAGGGGGAAGAGGCUGGGCCCGAGGGAGCUCUGGGCAAGAGCCCCUUCCAGCUGACCGCCGAGGACGUUUAUGACAUCUCCUAUGUGAUGGGCCGCGAGCUGAUGGCCCUGGGCAGCGACCCGCGGGUGACACAGCUGCAGUUCAAGAUCGUCCGCGUCCUGGAGAUGCUGGAGACGCUGGUGAACGAGGGCAACCUGACGGUGGAGGAGCUGAGAAUGGAGCGGGACAGCCUCAGGAAGGAGGUGGAGGGGCUGCGGAGAGAGGGCCCGGCGGCCGGCCGGGAGGUCAACCUGGGACCAGACAAAAUGGUGGUGGACCUGACAGACCCCAACCGACCACGCUUCACCCUGCAGGAGCUGAGGGACGUGCUACAGGAGCGCAACAAACUCAAGUCGCAGCUGUUGGUGGCACAGGAAGAGCUGCAGUGCUACAAGAGUGGCCUGAUUCCACCGAGAGAAGGCCCACGAGGAAGAAGAGAAAAAGAUGCUCUGGUUGCCAGGGCCCGCAAUGCCAGCAAAAACAAAGAGGAGAAGACAAUCAUAAGGAAGCUGUUCUUUUUCCGAUCAGGGAAGCAGACAUAGAUCUGAGGCCAUGACUAAGGAAGGCAGCAGUUCUGAGCCAAGAUGACAUCUCACGAAGACUACUUCCUCACUCAUCUCUGUGUCAUGCACACCCACUGCACUUGCUCGCUUGUUUCCCCUCAAAGCCGUCUGAGCAAGAAGGGGUGAGUUCCCCGUGAAGGAUGGUUUUCUUCUGGCUGCAGAACUGGGCCCCCCACCACCGAAGGAUGGGCCAGGGCGGGUGAAGCAACAGGAAGAAAUCAAGAAAGCAGAAGGAGAGUGCAAUGGGCUGCUCGCAGCCCCACUUCAACCGCCAGCGUGCAGGUGGUCGUAACUCGCAGCAGCGACAGACAUCAGCCCAAAGCCAGAGGGGAGAAGAGGAUGCUGGGAAAUAUGGUAUUGACAUUCCAGGGAUGACUUCACUGAUAUUUAGUGACUAUUUGAUCUUGCUCACAUGACUUUCUUUACCUGAUUUUGUAUUAAAGUGAAAUGACUUUUGUA